GUUGGGAAGAUGGCGGCUCCCAGCCUCCUCAACUGGAGGCGGGUUUCCUCCUUCACGGGGCCGGUCCCCCGCGCCCGGCACGGACACCGCGCGGUGGCCAUCCGGGAGCUGAUGAUCAUCUUUGGAGGGGGCAACGAGGGCAUCGCCGACGAGCUGCACGUCUACAACACGGUUACAAAUCAGUGGUUCCUGCCAGCUGUUAGAGGAGACAUCCCUCCAGGCUGUGCUGCCCAUGGAUUUGUCUGUGAUGGUACCAGAAUAUUAGUAUUUGGGGGAAUGGUUGAAUACGGAAGAUACAGCAAUGAGUUAUAUGAGUUACAAGCAAGUCGUUGGUUAUGGAAAAAAGUGAAACCGUAUCCUCCUUCUUCUGGUUUACCUCCUUGUCCUCGGCUGGGACAUAGCUUCUCUUUAUAUGGUAACAAAUGCUAUUUGUUUGGUGGCCUGGCAAAUGAAAGUGAAGAUUCAAACAAUAAUGUUCCCAGAUAUUUAAAUGAUUUCUAUGAGCUGGAGCUACAGCAUGGUUCUGGUGUUGUGGGUUGGAGCAUUCCAGUGACUAAAGGGAUUGUGCCUUCUCCAAGAGAAUCCCACACAGCUGUUAUAUAUUGCAGAAGAGAUUCAGGAAGUCCUAAAAUGUAUGUUUUUGGUGGAAUGUGUGGUGCUCGCCUUGAUGACCUAUGGCAACUUGACUUAGAAACUAUGUCAUGGUCAAAACCAGAAACUAAAGGGACAGUGCCACUUCCACGAAGCCUUCAUACAGCCAGUGUUAUAGGAAAUAAGAUGUACAUCUUUGGUGGAUGGGUUCCACAUAAGGGGGAAAAUAUUGAGACUUCACCUCAUGAUUGUGAAUGGAGAUGUACCAGUUCAUUUUCUUACUUAAAUCUUGAUACAGCAGAGUGGACCACCCUAGUAUCAGAUUCUCAAGAAGACAAAAAAAAUUCAAGACCAAGACCAAGAGCUGGACACUGUGCUGUUGCAAUUGGCACUCGAUUGUAUUUUUGGAGUGGAAGAGAUGGCUACAAAAAAGCACUGAAUAGUCAAGUUUGCUGCAAGGAUCUUUGGUAUCUUGAUACUGAUGCAUCAGAUAUUCUAUCAAAUUUCCUCAUCUUGAAGAAAUUUCUCCUCCUCCAAUCUGAGAUGAUUGCCUUCCACAAAUUGAGCACACCUAUCAUCUUGGAGUCUCCCUUCAUCAUCUUUCUGGGGAUAUCUUUUGCCUCUCACCUGUGCUGGAUUCCCUGUUUCCUGGAUCUCAUAUUUUUCCCUUCGUUAGUUUACAUCCUCAUUUUUGUAGAGCACAUCCCAGGAAAAGGGUGCAUAGAGAAACCACCGGCACCAUCACAAGUACAACUGAUCAAAGCCACUACCAACUCUUUUCAUGUCAAAUGGGAUGAAGUGCCUACAGUUGAAGGCUAUCUUUUGCAGUUGAAUACAGACUUGCCGUACCAAGCUGUGUCAUCAGAUUCUUCAGCAACACCAAAUAUGCAAGGAGUCAGGAUGGACCCACACAGACAAGGCAGUAAUAGCAUCAUUCCUAACAGUAUCAGUGAUACAAUGAACAGUGCAAAAUCUGAACAUACAGCUAUGAAAGGAACUUCACUGAAAAACAAACCAGAACUCAAAGCAUCAACUGAUUCUAAUGCCACUUUACAUUCAUCUUUGGCAACUAACGCUUCUAAUCAUAACAGUUGUGUGGUGGAUAUGCUAAGGAAAAAUGAAGGUCCUCACACUUCAGUAAAUAUAGGUGUUCUAAGUAGUUGCCUGGACUUAAGAACAGUAAUCCCUGAAACUUCUGUAUCCAGUACUGUUUCCAACGCACAAACUAUGGUAACCCAGCAGACCAUUAAAACUGAAUCAUCCAGUACAAAUGGGGCAGUUGUUAAAGAUGAAACUUCACUAACAACAUUCAGUACCAAAUCUGAAGUUGAUGAAACAUGUGCAUUACCUGCAACUAAGAUCAGCCGUGUAGAGGCACAUGCUGCAGUGAUGCCAUUUUCUAAAGAGACUCCUUCAAAUCCAGUGGCCACAAUGAAAGCAGGAGAACGACAGUGGUGUGAUGUAGGAAUUUUUAAAAAUAAUACAGCUUUGGUGAGCCAGUUUUAUUUGCUGCCAAAAGGGAAGCAAAGCAUCUCAAAGAUAGGAAAUGCAGAUGUACCUGACUACAGUUUACUUAAGAAACAAGAUCUUGUUCCAGGCACAGGAUACAGAUUCAGGGUUGCUGCCAUCAAUGGUUGUGGAAUAGGCCCUUUCAGCAAAAUCAGUGAAUUUAAAACUUGUAUUCCCGGUUUUCCUGGAGCUCCUUCUGCAGUCAGAAUUUCAAAGAAUGUUGAGGGUAUCCAUCUUUCCUGGGAACCUCCAACUUCACCUUCUGGAAAUAUUUUGGAAUAUUCAGCCUACUUGGCUAUCCGCACAGCACAAAUACAAGAUAAUCCAAGUCAGCUUGUGUUUAUGAGGAUUUAUUGUGGUCUAAAGACAUCAUGUAUAGUAACUGCUGGGCAACUUGCAAAUGCACAUAUUGAUUAUACAUCCAGGCCUGCCAUUGUGUUCAGAAUAUCGGCAAAGAAUGAAAAGGGAUAUGGACCAGCUACACAAGUUCGAUGGCUUCAAGGUAACAAUAAAAAAGCACCUUUAAAUUGAUUUUUUUUAAACUGAAGGUAUUGUGAUGAUUAUUUAUUAGUAACUGGUUUUGAAGAUUUGUCAUUUAAAAGAGUAUUCUCUGACUGUAUUUCUAGCAGUUAUGAAUUUGAGUUUGUAAGUUGUUCUUAAAAUGUAUUUGCUCAAUUCUAGAUCCAAAUAAAAGUAGAAAAGAAGCAAAGCCUCUCUGAAAACUAGUAUAUGAAUUCUUCCUUAAAGUUAUAGCUCUUUUAUAAAGGAAAAUAGUAAAAUUAAGAUAAAAGCUAGAAGGCUUUAUUACUCCAAUAUCUUUUAUAAAGGCCAUGUAACUCAGUCAUCCUAGAGUUAUUGAGAUGAUUCUAGUAACUGGCUGUUGUACACUGUGCUGUCUUAUAUAGUAAAUGUUCUCUACAUUGUAAAGGCCCUGUCUUUGAGUAUUCCCUCUAACUUUAUUCUAUAUGAGCAGUGGUCCUCUAACAGCUAUCUUCUACUGGAUAAUAUUUGUAAUACUGAUUUUAGUAGCCAUUUGAUUCAUUUCUUUAUCUACAGUUAGCACAGAGCUUAAGAAAUUAAAAAAAGAAAGGCAAGUUCAGAAAUCUGCUUUUGAAUUUUCAUCAUUUUCCAAGAAUCAUGGCAACAUACAAAAAGGAUAAUGGAUUUUCUUGAUUCAUACCAGGUUGAUAUAUUGGAAUAUAUUUUUGGCCAAAGCACUUAACUUAUCUGGCCCUCAAUUUCCUGAUUAAUAGAUGAGGGAGUUAAAAGAGUUUACCUUUAAGGUCCCUUUCAGCAGUAAAAUUCUGUAUGUUCAUCAGUAGUAAAGUAUAUCCCUAAACAUUUUAACAUCUGUCUCAAUGGGUCUAAUUUUACUUUUGCUGAAAUUAAAAUGUUCAUAGUUUAAAAUUCGAAGUUAAAGUAUGUCCUUCUUAUUGAAGAAAGAAAGAAGCACCUUAACUGGACAUGAGUUUUGAAAUAGUGUUUUAAACAUUUGUAAGAUUUUUGUAAAUGCUCUAAAUGUUUUAUUUUUGCAUUGUUUUUACCUUGAAAUUGUAUAAACUUUUUUACAACUGAAAUAUAAGCAUUAGACAGCUUACUCAGGUUCCAUUACAACCUUAAAGAUGCAUAUAGGCAUUAUGGAUACUCUGCUACAGGUAACUUGUUUUAAACCUUUUAGACGUUUCAUGGUUCCACUGCCUAUUCGAAUCUGGAAUGAAUAUACAGAGCAAUAAUUGCAGAAAAGAUAUUUCAGACUAAGAGCUGCAGUAACUGCAGGGGCACAGGUCUGUCAUUUUAUACCAUGUAAUCUUAUGCCAGUUUAGGUUGACUGAGUAGCUAUGUCCUCAAACUUCAUGUAUAAUACUCCAAGCAAAGAUGGAUUUAAUUGUGCAGAAUUGAUAUAUAUGUAUGUUCCAGUUACUAAUUUAAAAGUGUAUAGAAUAUUUUAAUAUAUAAUUUUUGUAAAGAACUGGGAUUUUUAUACUACAGUAUUUGUAAUUAAUGUGUCUCACUAAUUUUCUCUUGAAGAAAAUAUGCAAACUGUUAGACACGUAAUGAGUGAUUUCCAAACUCUAAAGGUAAAAUAAAUGCACUACUGUGGUGUUGUUAGAAUACCUUUUUUGUGGCUAUAUGAAUCCUUAAUCUUUAAAUGUGUACUUUACAAACAGUGUUUACAAGGAGCUUCUCUGGUUUGUUAUCCCAGCACCUCCCUUGGUGAGAGCUUCAUUCUGCAUUUGUUUAACUCAUAUGCUUUGCUUUUGGCAUAUGCUUGCUUUUUGCACUAGUAGAAUUUUAACUUACCUCAUUAUUAUGUUUGUAAUCAUUUGUGUAGCUUCCAUAAUAUGUCUGAUAUAGGCUAAAGAAGUACUUAACCAAAGUUAAAAUAAAUGGUAAGCAAUUUUGCACAUAUUAAAUGCUAGGGUUUGUUGUGUAUAUGUGUGCGUUUAGUUAUAAAAAGAAUAACUAUGGAAAGUUAUAGUAAGUAUGUGUUUCAAGCCCAAUCAUUUUAAUGAUCUGUUUGCUUUAUUAGGAAAAGGUCUGGCUUUUAACCCUUUAUUCUCUGCAUUAAUUAACAAUUUGCAUCUUGAAGCACUUCUCUUAACGACAAGGAAUAAGUUGACUUUAAGCAAAGAAUAGAAUAUUUGUUUGAGUGUGUACAUUUAUACCUACUUAGUAUUUUGUUUAGUUUACUUUGUUUAAAUAUCUCUUCUUUUCUAGACUAGGAGGUGAAUAUGAACCUGUGGUUCUAAAAUAUGUCUUAUUUUCUAGAGAGAAAGGCAGUCUUUCUAUACCAAGGGAUUUGUUAAAAUAACAUGUUUUUACUUUGAGAAUCAGCCCAGUUUCUUACCAUUUUUCACAUUUGUACAUUAAGUAGUAAUCACAUUUAUCGCUGAUAAAUGAUUGGUGACUGAAAGACGCCAUUAGGAAAUAUCUGUGGCUUUCACAUUAAUAGUUAAUAAGAGAUCAUUGAGCUAUGUGUUUAUGAAUAGAAUGGAUUGGGAUAAAUAACAAGAGAAGUGCAUUUAGCUUCUUAUGAUUUGCACAUUUUCUACGUGAAGAUCCCUUUGUGUAGCAGUGGGUUAUAACAUGCAGGUAUCUUUCAUAAAAGGAUUUACCCUGAGUUAAAUUACUUUCUUUACUCCUCCCAGCUGGAUAAGCAAUUCAGAUGUACAAGCCUUUGUGCCAUAGUCCUCUUCCUGGACUCUGCAGAUUUGGUUCACAUAGGUAGUAAAAAGAUUUUGCUGUUGCAUGCUCUUAGAAUUAUGUUUUCUAAAAUAUUGUAUUGGCUUCAUUUUAGUUUAGUAAACUGUUUGGCAACUUAACUAGAAAUAGGGUAUUAUAAACUCACUUUUAUCUGCAUUAAAAAAAAAAACAAAUAAUCCAAUUGCAUGUAUGAGGGCCCCCUGCCCUAUAACCCAACUGCAUACAUAUAAUCAUCUGUAAGAAGGUGAAACUGUUGAUCCAUUAUUUCAAAGAGUUGUAGACUAGCAAAGAUUUGUUCCAGUUAGAUAUAUGGUCUACUAUAACUGGAGAUAUUUUUAUUUUUAAAAAUUGCAGCACUUGUAGCAUAAAAAUAACUUGUAACAUUGGAUAUGAAGAGAUUAUUAGUAUUUAAAAUUACUGUAGUCAUCUGAUCAUAAAUGAAAUAGGUUACAAAAUAGACUUGGUCCUUGACCAUUUAAGGUAUAACUGACAGUUAUGUUUUCCAAGACUAAUUUUAGGCAGUUUUAUAUAUUGUGUACCAAUGACAUGUAAAAUAAAGCACCUUUUCUACUAUAA